AGGAGGCGCGGGAGGCGGGGCGGAGGCGGUGGAGCCCUUGGGAUCCACUAGCCCAGCGUCGGCCCCUGCACUCCCUGCCGCGGCCGCCACCCGCCCCGCAGCCAACUUGGGGCCGAAACUUCUUCGGGUCCCGCGCUCCCGAGGAGGGCGCGCAGCCCAGCGACGACAGACGGCCGCGGCCCGAGCCGGGCGCCCAGGGCCCAGGGCCUCCCUCUGGCUCGGCCGCGGGCUCCGCUCCCCGACUUCCCCCCACCCCCUGAGCUCGGGGGUCCCGGACGCCGAGCAGGGAGUCCCCCCCAACGCCGCCGGCGGCAGCAGGGUACACGCACCCGAGACCCAGGACCGCCCGGGGAGGAGGGGCGUUCCUCCGGGCCCGCGGAGGCUGCCCCGCAUCUAGGGGACCAAGCAGACGCGCCGGCGGGACUCCCGGAGCGGAGCGCGCUGGUCCGCGCCGCCAGCCCCGCGCCGGGCGGCGGAUGAAGAGUCCAGUGCGGGGGCCCAAGCCUGCUCGCUGAGCAGGGUCUGCACCGGGCGCCCCCGGCGGGGCAGGGCCCCCAGACCGCGAGCCGCCGCGCCCGGCCGACCCGGCGCAGCCGGGCGCUGGAAGAGCCGGGCCGAUCGGAGCGGCGAGCCGGAGCCCGCAGGCCUGCCGGGCGGCGGGACAUGCAGGGAGCCCCAUUUCAGAAGUCAACCACCCCCGGGGUCUUCCCAGGGCACUGGGAAGGGCCGAGGCCCAGGCCCACCAUGCCCAGCCUGUUGCUGCUCGCCGCUGCUCUGCUGUCCAGCUGGGCCCAGCUUCCGGCUGAAGCCAGCUCCUGGUGGUCAUUAGCUAUGAACCCGGUGCAGAGACCUGAGAUGUUUAUCAUCGGUGCCCAGCCCGUGUGCAGCCAGCUUCCUGGGCUCUCCCCUGGCCAGAGGAAGCUGUGCCAACUGUACCAGGAGCACAUGGCCUACAUCGGGGAGGGAGCCAAGACGGGCAUCAAGGAGUGCCAGUACCAAUUUCGCCAGCGGCGGUGGAACUGUAGCACAGUGGACAACGCGUCCGUCUUUGGGAGAGUCAUGCAGAUAGGGAGCCGGGAGACUGCCUUCACCUACGCAGUGAGCGCUGCGGGGGUGGUGAACGCCAUCAGCCGGGCUUGCAGGGAGGGCGAGCUCUCCACCUGCGGCUGCAGCCGGACAGCGAGGCCCAAGGACCUUCCCCGGGACUGGCUGUGGGGCGGCUGCGGGGACAAUGUGGAGUACGGCUACCGCUUUGCCAAGGAGUUUGUGGAUGCUCGUGAGCGGGAGAAGAACUUCGCCAAGGGGUCGGAGGAGCAGGGCCGGGUUCUCAUGAACCUGCAGAACAACGAGGCGGGGCGGAGGGCUGUGUACAAGAUGGCAGACGUGGCCUGCAAAUGCCACGGCGUCUCGGGCUCCUGCAGCCUCAAGACGUGCUGGCUGCAGCUGGCCGAGUUCCGAAAGGUGGGGGACCAGCUGAAGGAGAAGUACGACAGCGCGGCCGCCAUGCGCAUCACCCGCAAAGGCAAGCUAGAGCUGGUCAACAGCCGCUUCAACCAGCCCACCGCGGAGGACCUGGUCUACGUGGACCCCAGCCCGGACUACUGCCUGCGCAACGAGACCACGGGCUCGCUGGGAACGCAGGGCCGCCUGUGCAACAAGACGUCAGAGGGCAUGGACGGCUGCGAGCUCAUGUGCUGCGGCCGCGGCUACGACCAGUUCAAGAGCGUGCAGACGGAGCGUUGCCACUGCAAGUUCCACUGGUGCUGCUACGUCAAGUGCAAGAAGUGCACGGAGGUCGUCGACCAGUACGUCUGUAAAUAGCCGGUGGGGGUGCUCUUCCGGCCGCUUCGCCAAUCUGCCUCACAAAGUUUAUAUUAUAUAAAUCUAUAUAAAUCUAUUUUAUAUUUGUAUAAAUAAAGGGAUGGAUGAUAAAUAAUUAAGAGAAGAAAAUGGAAAGGAGAAGCUUAUUUAAGAAACGCUGGAGGUGUUUGAGGAUUGCGCUGUGCUUGGUUCUCUACUCCCAGUGGGUGUGGGGCCGGGGGCUCUCCUCUGCUCCCUCUUGCGGGGACUCUCAGGAUGUAGGGACAUGGGACUAGUCACUGUCUAUCCACCAUGGCCUUCAGGAAACAAGUGGCGGUUGGAUGGAGAAGAUGAUUUUGUCUGGAAGUCUGGAGCCUUUGCCGGCUGGAUGACCACCCUGUGACCCCUGUCACUGGGCCAGGAGACCCUGUGCAAGGCGGCAGGAACUCUGCUUAUACCCUCCCAUCUUCAGGGUCUUGUCCGGAAUACUGACUGGUUCCGGAAGAGGGCAGGUGUUUUCUUACCCUUUCACUCGGGCAUGUCCUGGCAGAAUCCACAGUUAACGGGAAUGAGCUGAGGUCUGAUGUCAUCCCUGACAGGUGACCACAGAGGGACCUGCACCUCCACAGAUUCCCAGGCCUGUCUAGCGAGAAUCACCCACCCUCCACAGUUCACGAGGUCCUGCCACCCGUUCCCACACCGAGGGGAAAGGGGUUCGAUUGGCCUGACAUGUUGGGAGAGAGAUGAACUGAAUGUUUGUGCCUGAGCCGCAGAGAGCCAGGAGUGUAACUGGACCGAGCGAAUGUUGCACUGUGCUCCCACAGGGAGAGGAAACGCGAUGCUGCUGCUGUCACUUCCUCCACCCCGGGGGAGGCUCCCUGAGCGACAGGAUGUGUGGCCAGGUCAGGCUCGGCUGGCCGGCAUGCUCUUUUCAUCUCUGCCCCAGAUGUACAGUUUCUCUCUGACAUUAAAGACCCUUCACUGGA